CAGGGACCUUGUCCUUUUUUUUAUCAUAAAAAUCUUUGGUUCAUUACUUUUUCUGAUACGGUCCGGCAAAAUGAGGAGUUGUAACGAUGUUUUAAUGGUCUAGUUGUUGAUUAGCGUUAAUGUUUGUUGUCCGUGCGAUUUUACAGCCAACUUCACAGUCUAAUUUCGUGAAGUCUUCCGAAACAGGAGAGGGCGCUGUAUAAAUCAUUGCUUAAAUGUUUAUUUUCUUGCCUUCCACGACGGAAACCACCCGGAUGUUGCUUUUACCUACUAGUUAGCUAGCUAACUAAUACAUCCAUGAGUGAGACACAUGUCGACACAAAAGUUGCCUCUAAAAUGGAAUUAAACAUCAAGAAAACGAGUUCAAAGGCGUUGCUUUCAUGUGGGAACGGACAAGGUCUCAGUGAGAAGCUCCUCCUCAAGCCAAAGGCUGACAGACCCCCGCAGACAGAGAGAGUCCCGAGAAGCAACGUGUUGGAGCGGCUGCAGAGCUUCCUGCCUCAGAUGGCCGCGGCCAACGAGAAGCUGAAGCAGCAGAUGGACCAAGCUCCCGCUGGACGCUUCGACAUCGAGAGCGUGGAGGGGGCUGAGAGGGUCAUAGAGAUGGACGUAGCGCUGGUGGAGCUCAGCGGGUCCGACAGCGACUCAGAAGAUGGAGAGGAGACGUCGGAGUCGGAGGAGGAAUCUGACUCCGGCGAGGAGAGCGGCAUCACAGAGCAGAACCUUAAACUACCGGGAGACAACGGCAAGAGGAAGAAAGCCUACAUCCAGGUUCUCCAUCCACCAGGAGAGUAGAGAAAGUGGCGCUGCAUGUUGAGUUCCUUUUCCGCAUGAGGUGAUGCGAGUUAAACUGACCAGGGACCAAAAAAACCUCUGCCUGCCUCACGCGUGGAGUGAUUUGAACCUACUUCAUAGAGACAGAGACAGAGAACAGGAAGACACGGAUCUGCCUCAUCUCAUUCCUAUGGGAACAAAUAUCAUUUUGUACAUUAAAGGCUCACAGCUCCAAAAGUGCCUUUUGGAGCCAGAACAGAUGCUGUGAUUACCUCAUCCACUCUGGCCCAUCAGCUGACCUCUGAGUGGACAUCAUGUGCAGGGUUUUCCCCCAGAAAAGUUGUUAAGCCCGAUGGCAAGUGUCUUUUUUUCCGUCAAGGGUCCGGCUGGGGGCCGGUCCCAGACUGAUGACAGCAUUAAUGUAGAGCCCAAUAGUUUCUGUGAUAACAGAAUCAUGGAGGGAAUCGUGAAAUUAUGAGUUUUAAAAAGCUAACGGACAGAUUCCAUAAGGCUCUACAUUAAGUCAGUGCUAAAAGCUAACCGGAGAGUUUAAAAUAUGACUGUGUUUUAAGUUUCCAACCGAGCCGCCCCACUGUAACUGUAGUUAAGAAAAACACAACCCCCACCCAGUGGCUAAGUCCCAGUGGGGAGCAAGUUAUGCACCUGGCUUGCAAUACACUGGGGGAAACUCUGAUGUGUUUAGGCGUAAUACUCGCCUUGUUUAUUGGCCUCUGUUCAUUGUUUCAUCAGUUUAGGCUGCUACGUAUUUGUGCUUUCAUGAGGCACAGUUGGAUCUUAUCAAGGAAGAUAGAUUACCAGAUUGUGUUUUUACAUGGCAAUACAAAUAAAGCCUCUGUACACAA